AUGUGUGAAGAACGAUUAAAUCGUUGGAAACAAAGAUUACAAAACUUGACAGAAAUUCAGUUACCGACUGAUUAUCCACGAGAACUCCCACCAAAAACUGUUGAAGCCAUUCAAUCAUUACAUUUAACUGAAACAACCGCUUUAUCUGUAUUAAAUCUAUCUCUUUCCAUACCUUCUCCAAAUCUCAAUACAACAAGAGUUGAACAUCCUUCUCCUUUCAUAAUACUUUUAUCUGCUUUCACAAUAUUGUUACAUAAAUAUACCGGCAAUGAAGAUAUAGCAGUUGGUUCUUCCUCUGGUAUUAGAAAUCCACUUGUUUUAAGAUUUUCAAUAAGCCCAGACGAUUCUUUUGAAGAAGUUGUAUUGAAAAUUCAACGAGUAGAACGUGAAGCAACUGAUGAUGAAGUUCCCUUUGAAUUAUUAUUUCCAAGUUUAUUUUCAGACACAAAACCACUUGAUAGUAAUUCAAAAUCUUCUUUAAGAAAAUCAUCAAUUAAUGGAUUAGCACAAAAUUUAAAAUCUCCAUUUCGGGUUCGUUUUUUCAAUCAAACUGAUACUCCUGAAAAUACACAUUUACAAGCUACUUCCUCCAUUACCGAUCUUACUGUAUUCAUCAAUUCUCAUUCGACUUCUUCACUUCGCCAAGCACUCUUACCCUCGAUCGAAAUACAAAUCACCUACAAUCAAAUUUUAUUUUCUGAAAAAAGAAUCUCGCACAUUCUAGAUCAACUUGUCGCCGUCAUCAAUAAUGCUGCUCAAAACAAACAAACCAAAAUCUCUGAUAUGUCGAUUCUAAAUGAUAGAUGUCUCGGUAUAAUUCCUGAUCCAAGUGCUGAUUUAAAAUGGUCAGAGUUUCGUGGUUCAAUAACGGACAUCUUUUCCAAAAACGCAAAAAAUUUCCCAAAGAAACAUUGUGUUGUCGAAUCAACUGGUAGUGCUGGUGAUUUACGUAUAUUUAAUUAUUGUCAAAUUCAUGAAGCUUCAAAUAUUGUUGCGCAUUAUUUAUUAAAAAACGGAAUUGAAAGAGAAGAUGUUGUAAUGAUUUAUGCGCAUCGUAAUGUGGAACUUGUAAUUGCUAUUAUGGAUCCAGCUUACCCAGCCGAUCGUCAAAAUAUUUAUCUCUCUGUCGCUACUCCUCGCGGAUUAAUAGUUCUUGAAAAAUCGGGAUUAUUGCAUGAAUCAGUCAGGUCGUAUAUUUAUGAAAAGUUACAAAUUAAAUGUGAAAUUCCAGGAAUGAAAAUAUUAAAUGAUGGUCAAUUGAAGGGUGGAAGUAUUGAUGAUAAUAAUGUCGAUAUAUUUGAUUCAGUGCUUGAAUUGAAAUCCCAAGAUGUUGGUGUAGUUAUUGGUCCUGAUAGUAUUGGAACUUUAAGUUUUACAAGUGGUAGUACUGGGACCCCAAAAGGUGUACGUGGAAGACAUUUUUCACUUACUCAUUAUUAUCCAUGGAUGUCUAAAGUUUUUGAACUUUCUGAGAAUGAUAGAUUUACUAUGCUUAGCGGAAUUGCACAUGAUCCUAUACAACGUGACAUAUUUACGACAUUAUAUCUUGGUGCUGAAUUACAUAUACCAACUACUGAAGAUAUUAGUAUUCCUGGUAGAUUGGCAUCAUGGAUGUCAAAACACCAAAUCACUGUAACACAUUUAACACCUGCUAUGGGUCAAUUACUUUCCACUAAUGCUGUCACACUAAUACCUACUUUACGCAAUGCAUUUUUUGUUGGUGACAUUUUAACAAAACGCGAUUGUAACCGUCUUCAACAUCUCGCACAUAACACUAGAAUUAUCAAUAUGUAUGGAACAACUGAAACUCAACGUUCUGUCUCAUAUUUCCUCAUCCCGCCACUUUCCAUUGAUUCAACAUUUUUAUCAUCACAAAAAGAUGUUAUGCCAGCUGGUAAAGGAAUGCAAAACGUUCAAUUAAUUAUUGUAAACAGACAUAAAAAAGAUAUUCUAUGUGGUGUUGGUGAAAUAGGUGAAAUAUACGUGAGAGCUGGCGGUUUAUGUGAAGGUUAUUUGAGACUUGAUGAAGCUACCAAAGAAAAAUUCUUGUAUAAUUGGUUUGUGGAUAGUCCCCAAGAAAUUGGAAAAAAUGGAGAGGGGGGAGAGAAAGAGGAGGAAUGGAGAAAAUACUGGAAAGGAAAGAGAGAUAGAUUAUAUAAAUCUGGUGAUUUAGGAAGAUAUAGACCUGAUGGAAAUGUGGAAUGUGUUGGUAGAGCAGAUCAUCAAGUUAAAAUUCGUGGAUUUAGAAUCGAACUUGAAGAGAUUGACUCGCAUCUUUCACAGCAUCCACUUGUUAGAGAGAAUGUUACAUUAGUACGUAGAGACAAAUAUGAGGAACAAACAUUAGUUAGUUAUUUUGUACCUAAUGAAGGUGAUGGACUUGAUGAAUUCCUUAGCUCGACUGAUGAAAGUGAUAGUGUUGUCGAAAACCCUUUACAGGAUCUUACUAAAAGAAGAUAUAGAAGACUUGUUAAACAAAUUAGGGAUUAUUUAAAAUUGAGAUUACCAAUUUAUAGUAUACCAAGUGUAUUUAUUCCUUUAAGAAAAAUGCCAUUGACACCAAAUGGUAAAGUUGACAAGAAUUCAUUACCAUUUCCAGAUACUGCCCAAUUUACCACCAAUACUUCAACAAAUAAUGACGGAAAGACAGCUCAACAAAUGACAACAACAGAACAAACAGUUCAUGAGAUAUGGUCACAACUUUUACCAAGUUCGCUAACAACUUCAUUACCUUUAGACGAAAGUUUCUUUGAUCUUGGUGGUCAUUCAAUUCUUGCUACAAGAUUGAUUUUUGAAUUGAGAAAAAAAUGCGGUGUUGAGAUUCCAUUACGAUUGGUAUUUGAAAAAACCACUAUAAGUGAACAAGCCAAAGAAAUUGAUAAUAUAUUAACAAGAGAUUUUAACAUUGCUAAUGAGGAAGAACCCCAACUAUCAUUAUUGCAAAAAAAUAAAAACAAAACUCAACAAGAUUCCAAAAACAACCAAAAAAAGGAUCAUGAAAUUCAAAACGAAUUUGAUUACGCUAAUGAGCUUGAAUCAUUAACAGCCGAUUAUCUUUUAUCAAAAUAUGAACCUAUCAAUGAAGAAAAUUUUUCAAGAAAAAUUUUUUUUGUUACAGGAGUUACUGGAUUUCUUGGUGCUUUCAUAGUUUCAGAUUUGCUCAGUUACCAGAAAGAUGUAAAAGUAAUUGCACAUGUUCGUGCAAAAACAAAAACUCUUGCUUUUCAAAGAGUCAAAGAAAGUUUGACGUUGCAUUUAGUAUGGAAAGAUGAAUGGGAAUUGGAACAGAGAAUUGAGGUUGUUUGUGGAGAUUUGGAAAAAGAAAGGUUAGGUAUUAGUGAAGAGGAAUGGGAGCAACUUGCUAAAAAAGUUGAUGUAAUUGUACAUAACGGAGCUUUGGUACAUUGGGUUUAUCCAUAUUCAAAACUACGAGCUGCAAAUGUAAUUGGUACAAUUUGGGCUAUGAGACUUGCAUCGACUCAUCACACUAAAUCUUUUAAUUUUGUUAGUUCAACAUCUGUACUUGAUACAGACCAUUAUGUUAAUCUUAGUGAUUCAAUAAUUGGAAAAGGUGGAAAAGGUAUUUAUGAAAAUGAUGAUUUGAACGGUAGUAGGGUAGGAUUAAGAAAUGGGUACGGGCAAUCUAAAUGGGUUGCAGAAAAAUUGAUUAUGGAAGCUCAUAGUAGAGGACUCCCAGCAACAAUUAUUAGGCCUGGUUAUGUUGUUGGACAUUCUAAAACUGGUGUCACAAAUACAGAUGAUUUUCUUUGGAGAUUAGUUAAAGGAUGUAUUCAACUUUGUUUAAUUCCAACCAUUCAUAAUAUAAUUAACAUGUGUCCAGUUGACUAUGUAUCUAAUUGUAUAGCGAGUGUUUCAUUGUCACCAUCAACAUCUACAUCAAAAUUUAUAUUUCAUAUAACUCAUCCAUCAAAUCCAUCAUUUAGGUUUGAAAAUUUAUUUAAUGCAUUACCACUUUACGGAUACGAAGUUAAAAAAAUUGAAUAUAUUAUAUGGAGAGAUAGGUUAAUGGAAUUCACAUUGAAAGCUCAAGAUAAUGCUUUAUAUCCUUUGCUACAUUUUGUUCUUGAUGAUUUACCAGCAUCAACCAAAUCGCCUGAAUUGGAUGACAGCAAUACACAAGAAAUUAUUGCCAGCAAGGAGGAAAAAUUUCAAGGUAUAGAUGAGAAAUUAAUGGGUAUUUAUUUAGGAUAUUUGGUUAAAGAAAACAGCAGUAGUGAGAAAACUGAUAUAAAUAAAAAAUCAAUUCAAAGAGUUUUGGAAUUACCAGAUGUUUCUGCUGCUAUUAAUGACAUCAAAGCAUUGAAAAGAAGUGAUAGAAGUUAG